AAAAAAACUUUCUUUCAUUUCACAUAUAUUUUUGUUUUGUUUUUAGGGUUAAUUAAUGUGUAAAACAUUUGAUGUUGGAUAAAGGGAAAUUAUGGAGGCUCUUGAGGAAGUGGUAGUUUGUCCUUCUAAGGACCUCUUCCACAUCGUUAAGGGCAAAAGAACCAAACGUCUUAGACUUCAAUCUCCAAAUAUCCCUUUCUCCCUCACAUCAUCACAUGAUUCAUUAAACGCAUGCGAUAUCGCGAUAGAAAAUAGCAACAAUAACAACAAUAUUGAUAACUAUAAUAGAGAUGAUGCCGCUUGCAAUGAUGAAGCCAUUGCAUGCAACAACAACAACAAUAACAAUAAUAAUGAAGCUCUGUCUUCAGUCGCCUCGUCUGAGGUGUUUAUCAACACGUUUACCGAGGAGGAGGAGGAAACCGCCAAGUGUCUUGUCCUAUUGUCUAAAGGACGCGAUGACCAUCCUCCUCCUCCUCGUAGGUUCAUUGACAACAAUGUCGAUUUUUUUAACGAGGAUAUAAGGUUGUAUCCAACGAAAUUUAAUAGUAAAAGGUACAUUGAGACAUCCACCAACUCCAUAGAUGGUACAAAAGCAGGAAUAUACGUGUACGAAUGCAAGACAUGCAAUCGUACAUUCUCGUCUUUUCAAGCACUAGGUGGACACAGAGCAAGUCAUAAGAAGCCAAAGAUAUUCAACACCGAGUAUAACAAGAGAUCAUAUUUCGAUUUCUCAGAUGAAGAUGAUUAUCAUUUACAACACUCACCAUCAACAUUGUACAACAAAAACAAGAAUACUAGCAUCAACAAAAACUUGCCAAAUUCUUCAAACAACAAGUACACUUCUUCAUCUCCUAGAAUUCAUGAAUGUUCAUAUUGUGGUGCUGAAUUUACCUCAGGACAAGCAUUAGGUGGUCACAUGAGACGUCAUCGAGGGGGCGCUAACGUAAAUUCACCUUAUCAUAUGAGCAAUUUAAGUCCAGCAACUUCUAUAGAUCAAGAAUUUGGUAACAAUAAUAUUAAUACUAUGAAGAAACAAAGAGAUCAUGAGUUGUCUUUAGACCUUAACAAUAUUCCAAUUCAAGAUGAUCAUCCUGUUGUAUCCUUAAAGCAACAAGAUCAAGAACAAACACAAAGGCAACUUGUUGAUUGUAAUUAUUGACAAUAAUGCAGGUUUCCCUUUUCAUGAGCAAACGGACUUUUAUCGAGAUUCAACAAACACAGAAGUUGUUCGGGCUGGCACGUUAAAGCAACCCGAGGUUGCAUCAUAUGUUGAGUUCUUAACAAUGUCAGUUGAGUUCAUCUGGAGAUGCAAAAGUGAACAAUGAACAUCAUAUAAGUAGCUAGUCAUGCAUGAAGAUGCGAUUGUAUUUAUACUUCUAUUGUGAAACAAAUAGUAAGACACUUUUUAUAAACUCCGAAGAGGCUUGUAACAUGUGUUUAUGGAAGCACAUUAACCAGUCUAGCAUAUUAAGAUACAUAAAACAAA